AUGGAUUGUGGAGAUUUUCAUGUCGUGCUGUUACACGAAGAUGCUCCAGUUUCAAUUGGAGGAAGAAAUAACGCCCAUCAGUUCAUUAAGGACCAUGAUUGGAAUCAUGAACCCUUUGUUACAUUGGAUUUGAACAAGUACGCUUUUACUAAUAUAUUUAGCGGAUCCAAUUCAAUCAUGUGGGUAAGACAGAAAGAUGUGGCAUCUAAAUGUCAAGUAGAAGUCAACUUCAUAACUGGAGAAAUUGAACGAUUGCCUAGUGUCGUUUAUGACAAGUCAUCUCUUGGAGGAGUACAGGUUGAAAAACUGGUUCAUCAAAAAGCGGAUGAAAUUUUAUUUGGAAAAGAUUGA